GGUGAAGUUGAACAAGUAAGCAAUGACAGAUACAAGAUCAAUGGCAAGAUCCACCAAAUUAACAAUGCAUCCGUCCGAAUUACCGAAUUAUCAAUUCGUGUAUGGACUCAAAAUUACAAAGAAACGCUUGAGCUGUGGAUAUCCGGAACAGAUAAAGUUCCCAAGCUGGAUCCUCGAACUUUAAACAUACAGGCUCGAAUAUUAGAAGAGGAAGGCCUUUCGCGUAUUGAGGCUAUUGUUUUAUUAGAGUCCGAUGGCUUUGAAAUAUUUACGGACGAUAAAGAUAACGAUGAGUAUGAUAAGGACGAUAAGGAUGCAACCGAUAUGUGUCUGUUAAUAAUCAUGGAUAUGGUUAUUUGA